CCGCCGCUUCCACUACCGUGGAUCCCCUUCUCCUCCGGGCUCCUUUCUCACCGCCUCUCCUGCCUGCCCUUCGCCCUGCAAAGAGCCUCUCUCCUCUCUGCGGCCCUCCCUGCCUAGGCUUACUCGCCUUUUGUGCAGCGUCUGACUGUACCUGAAGGAGAAGCUCCCUUUUUCACAUCUUCACCUCUUGUUUCUCCCUCUUCCCCAAUCCUGUUACCCUCGAUUAUGAGGAUCCCGUUGGGGCACUGAAGAGGAGUAAGAAGAGCUUGCUUGGCGUGCCCUUGUGGGGCUGCUGCCUUCUUUCCCGCUCCCCUCCCCUGAGGGGGGCCUGGCCCCCGAGCAGCCUGGUGCUCCUGCAGCGAUUGCCGGCCAGAGUGGUGGCUGCGGUGUGGCAGGCGGCAGGAUGACGGACACCCGGCGGAGGGUGAAGGUUUACACGCUAAAUGAGGACCGCCAGUGGGAUGAUCGAGGCACAGGGCAUGUGUCCUCUUGCUACGUGGAGAGGCUCAAGGGCAUGUCCCUGCUAGUCAGGGCAGAGAGUGAUGGCUCUCUUCUUUUGGAGUCAAAAAUUAAUCCGAACACUGCGUACCAGAAGCAACAGGAUACCUUGAUUGUGUGGUCUGAAGCUGAAAAUUAUGAUUUGGCACUUAGCUUUCAAGAAAAAGCAGGUUGUGAUGAAAUAUGGGAAAAAAUAUGUCAGGUUCAAGGCAAAGACCCUUCUGUGGAUAUUACUCAGGAUCUUGUUGAUGAAUCUGAGGAGGAGCGCUUUGAUGACAUGUCAUCACCAGGUCUGGAAUUGCCAUCCUGUGAGCUCAGCCGGCUGGAAGAGAUCGCAGAACUCGUGGCAUCUUCCCUGCCUUCGCCCUUACGCCGUGAAAAACUCGCCCUAGCACUGGAAAAUGAGGGCUAUAUUAAGAAGCUCUUAGAAAUUUUUCAUGUGUGCGAAGACUUGGAGAACAUUGAAGGACUACACCACUUAUAUGAAAUUAUUAAGGGAAUUUUCCUUUUGAACAGAACUGCACUUUUUGAAGUCAUGUUUUCAGAGGAAUGUAUAAUGGAUGUAAUUGGAUGCCUAGAAUAUGAUCCGUCUUUAUCGCAGUCACGGAAACACAGGGAAUUUCUGACUAAAACAGCAAAAUUUAAAGAGGUGAUACCUAUAUCUGAUCCAGAGCUGAAGCAAAAAAUACAUCAGACAUACAGAGUACAGUAUAUUCAAGAUAUGGUCCUACCCACUCCCUCAGUUUUUGAGGAAAAUAUGCUGUCAACACUUCAUUCUUUCAUCUUUUUUAAUAAAGUGGAAAUAGUUGGCAUGCUACAGGAAGAUGAAAAAUUUCUGACAGACUUGUUUGCACAACUAACAGAUGAAGCCACAGAUGAGGAGAAAAGACAGGAAUUGGUAAAUUUUCUGAAAGAGUUUUGUGCAUUCUCACAAACACUGCAACCUCAAAACAGAGAUGCAUUUUUCAAAACUUUGUCAAAUAUGGGCAUACUGCCUGCACUAGAAGUCAUAUUGGGUAUGGAUGAUGCACAAGUACGAAGUGCAGCCACUGAUAUAUUCUCAUAUUUGGUUGAAUACAACCCAUCCAUGGUACGAGAAUUUGUCAUGCAGGAAGCGCAGCAGAAUGAUGAUGAUAUAUUACUCAUUAACCUCAUUAUAGAACACAUGAUUUGUGACACAGAUCCAGAACUUGGAGGAGCAGUGCUACUCAUGGGUUUGCUUCGUACUUUAGUUGAUCCAGAAAAUAUGCUUGCCACUGCCAAUAAAACAGAAAAGACAGAGUUCUUGGGUUUCUUCUACAAACAUUGUAUGCAUGUUCUGACUGCCCCUUUAUUGGCCAAUACUACAGAGGACAAGCCUAGCAAAGAUGAUUUUCAGACAGCCCAACUCUUGGCAUUAAUACUGGAAUUGCUAACUUUCUGUGUAGAACAUCAUACCUAUCACAUAAAAAACUACAUUAUUAACAAAGAUAUCCUGCGAAGGGUACUCGUUCUCAUGGCCUCAAAGCACGCUUUCUUGGCAUUGUGUGCCCUUCGUUUCAAGAGAAAGAUAAUUGGGCUGAAGGAUGAAUUCUACAACCGUUACAUAAUGAAAAGUUUUCUGUUUGAACCCGUGGUCAAAGCAUUUCUAAAUAAUGGUUCCCGUUAUAAUCUGAUGAACUCUGCCAUAAUAGAGAUGUUUGAAUUUAUCAGAGUGGAAGAUAUAAAAUCAUUAACAGCUCAUGUAAUUGAAAAUUACUGGAAGGCACUGGAAGAUGUAGAUUAUGUGCAGACAUUCAAAGGACUGAAACUACGAUUUGAGCAACAAAGGGAAAGACAAGAUAAUCCAAAACUUGACAGCAUGCGCUCGAUUUUGAGAAACCACAGGUACAGAAGGGAUGCAAGAACCCUGGAGGAUGAGGAGGAAAUGUGGUUUAAUACUGAUGAGGAUGAUAUGGAAGAUGGAGAGGCAGUGGUGCCCCCUUCUGACAAGCCUAAAAAUGAUGAGGAUAUUAUGGACCCUAUCAGCAAAUUCAUGGAAAGAAAAAAAUUGAAAGAGAGUGAAGAAAAGGAGGUUCUUCUGAAAACUAACCUUUCAGGUCGCCAGAGCCCGAGUUUCAAGCUUUCUUUUUCCAGCGGUACAAAAUCUAACCUUACCAGCCAGUCAUCUGCAAGUAAUCUGCCUGGAUCUCCUGGGUCCCCUGGGUCUCCAGGAUCCCCUGGCUCACCUGGAUCAGUUUCUAAAAGCACAUCUCAGAUGGCAGCUAUUACAACUAAGGGAGGCCUCGUUGGGCUUGUAGAUUAUCCUGAUGAUGAUGAAGAGGAUGAUGAAGAUGAAGAUAAAGAGGAAACUUUACCUUUGUCAAAGAAAGCAAAGCUUGAGUCAUCAUAAUGGCAACUGCUGAAGAAUAUUACCAGUUGGGGAAGGAUUUUUUUCCAAAAACAAAACAAACCUACAGCAAAGCAGCAAUCUUUUGUGAAUUACUGUGUAUGACACAGAUCAACCUAUACAAAUGGAUUUCUGCCAAUCAAGUGCCAAUUCAAAGGAGCAGAAGAAGGAGAAAUACUUCAUUUAGGGGAAAGACUUAUGCCUUUGAGCUCUCCAGCUUGGACCACAUGUUGCCCUUUUCUCAGGGAAGGAAAUGGAAAACAAAACAAAACAAAAAAAGAAAAAAAAAGAAAUAAAAAGCCAACAGGGCAGGAGUUUUGUUAGUGGAACUCUGGAUUGGCUGGUCAGUUGCUACAAUCAGAAUAUGCUUUCUUGGACCAUGUAUGAGACUUCUGAAGAAAAGGCGGGUUUUGCCAUAAUUCUUCACUAGUUAAGAAUGCCAGCAGUUUCUUUGUAUAAAAGAGACCUGCCUUUGAAAUCGUACAUUCUGAACAUUUUACUCGAGCUACAACAGGUUUUAAAAACCUCUGCGGGGGAGGGCCGAAUAUAAAGUUUCCUCUUUUUUUUUAAAUCUGUUCCCUUUGCCCUUUAAACUGCAGAAAUUUUUUUUGAGGUGGGGGAUUUGUUUGUCCCUUCUUGAUUAAAGAUUGAGUGGAAUUCUAGAUGUGGUCACUUUUGUGUCAUAAUUUUUUUGUGCCCCCCUGAGUGUAUGCUUAGUUGUUGAGUAUAUAUUUGGGACCAUUAAAAUUUUUUGAUGUAAUAUAA